GGACAGUUCAAAGUGUAUUCGCUCUUGAGUUACUGCGGUGGCGGAGGCAAGCGAGCAAACAACAAACUCUAAAAACGUACAAAGAAAAGAGCAAGGUAAUUUCAUUGGUGCUGUGAGACUCGGGAUGCUCUCCUGCCCCUCUCCCAGAGUCAGGAUCCGAAACCGGGUAUUUUUCCAUAACAACCAUGUGUUCCAUCUGCUUGAGUGCGAUUUCUACACACAACACCAGCUUAAAUUGAUCUGAUGGCCAAAAGAAAGGAAGAAAAUUUCUGCUCUCCUGAAAAUGCUAAAAGGCCAAGGCAAGAGGAACUGGAAGACUUUGAUAAAGAUGGCGAUGAGGACGAAUGCACAAUUUCUUUCACUAAUGGGACCUCUACUUUGACUGCAGCAGAAGUUGGAAUAAUUGAGAGUAUUCAGCUAAGAAACUUCAUGUGCCAUUCAAUGCUUGGACCUUUUAAAUUUGGUUCUAAUGUCAACUUCGUUGUUGGCAAUAAUGGAAGUGGAAAGAGUGCUGUGCUCACCGCUCUCAUAGUUGGUCUUGGUGGAAAAGCAGUUGCUACUAAUAGAGGAUCCUCUUUAAAAGGUUUUGUAAAAGCUGGACAGAACUCAGCAGACAUCUCAAUAACGUUAAGGAACAGAGGUGAUGAUGCCUUCAGGGCAAAUGUGUAUGGAGACUCCAUAGUUGUGCAGCAACACAUUAGUGUGGACGGAAGUCGAUCUUACAAACUAAAAAGUGAAAAAGGCACCGUGGUUUCUACUAAGAAGGAAGAGCUCAUUGCAAUUCUUGAUCAUUUUAAUAUCCAGGUGGACAAUCCAGUUUCUGUUUUAACGCAGGAGAUGAGCAAGCAGUUCUUACAGUCUAAAAAUGAGGGAGACAAAUACAAAUUCUUCAUGAAAGCAACCCAGCUUGAACAGAUGAAGGAGGAUUAUUCAUAUAUUAUGGAAACAAAAGAAAGAACAAAGGAGCAGAUAAAUCAGGGAGAAGAGCGACUUACUGAACUGAAGCGCCAGUGUUUGGAGAAAGAGGAACGUUUUCAAAAUAUUGCUGGCUUAAGUACAAUGAAGACUAACUUAGAGUAUUUGAAACAUGAAAUGGCUUGGGCAGUGGUCAAUGAAAUUGAAAAACAAUUAAAUGCUAUUCGAGAUAAUAUCAAAAUUGGUGAAGAGCGUGCUGCCAAACUUGAUAGGAAAAUGGAAGAACAGCAGGUCAGACUUAAUGAUGCAGAAAAAAAGUACAAAGAUAUUCAAGAUAAACUAGAAAAAAUUAGUGAAGAGACAAAUGCCCGAGCUCCGGAAUGCAUGGCGUUGAAAACAGACGUCAUCGCGAGGACGAGAGCCUUUAACGAUGCCGAGGUUUUGUAUAACCGUUCCCUAAAUGAAUAUAAAGCAUUAAAGAAAGAUGAUGAACAGCUUUGUAAAAGAAUCGAGGAGCUAAAGAAAAGCACUGAUCAGUCUUUGGAACCAGAGCGCUUGGAAAGGCAACGAAGAAUCUGUUGGUUGAAAGAAAAAGUACAGGCCUUGCAGGACCAGGAAAGUUCUGUCAAUCAGGAGGCUGCACAAUUCGAACAAGUCAUAGAAAAGGACAAACAAGAACAUGUCCGGAUUAAGAGAGAAGAUAUAGAUGUGAGGCAUACACUGAACUAUAAUCAGAGACAAUUGAAAGAACUGAAAGAUAGUAAAACUGAUCGACUGAAAAGAUUUGGUCCUCAUGUUCCAGCUCUGCUGGAGGCAAUAGACGACGCGUACAGGCGGAGACAAUUCACUCAUAAGCCUAUCGGCCCUUUAGGUGCUUGCAUUCAUCUGCGGGAUCCAGAACUUGCUUUGGCCAUUGAAUCUUGCUUGAAAGGACUUCUGCAAGCCUAUUGUUGCCAUAAUCAUGCUGAUGAGAGAGUACUUCAAUCAUUGAUGAAAAAAUUUUAUCCGCCAGGGACCUCUCGGCCUCAGAUAAUUGUUUCUGAAUUUCGGAAUGAGGUAUAUGAUGUGAGACUCAGAGCUGCUUACCAUCCGGAGUUUCCAACUGUUCUGACAGCGUUAGAAAUAGACAAUGCUGUUGUUGCAAAUAGCCUGAUUGACAUGCGGAGCAUAGAGACAGUGCUGCUUAUCAAAAAUAAUUCUGUAGCUCGUGCAGUCAUGCAGUCCCAAAAGCCACCUAAAAAUUGUAGAGAAGCUUUUACUGCUGAUGGUGAUCAAGUGUUUGCAGGUCGUUAUUAUUCAUCUGAAAACACAAGGCCCAAGUUUCUAAGCAGAGAUGUGGAUUCUGAAAUAAGUGAUUUGGAGACUGAGAUUGAAAAUAAAAAGGCCCACAUAAUAAAUCUUCAGCACCAUUUGUCUGCCCUUGAGAAGGAUAUUAAAAGAAAUGAAGAACUUCUUAAAAGGUGCCAGCUACAUUAUAAAGAAAUAAAGAUGAAAAUAAGAAAAAAUAUUUCUGAAAUUCGGGAACUUGAGAAUAUAGAAGAACACCAGUCUGUCGAUAUUGCAACUUUGGAAGAUGAAGCUGAGGAAAAUAAAAUAAAAAUGCAGAUGGUUGAGAAAAAUAUGGAGCAACAAAAAGAAAACAUGGAGAAUCUUAAAAGUCUAAAAAUUGAAGCAGAAAACAAGUACGAUACAAUUAAACUAAAGAUCAACCAGCUGUCAGAGCUGGCGGAUCCACUGAAGGAUGAAUUAAAUCUUGCUGACUCUGAAGUGGAUAGUCAAAAACGAGGAAAGCAGCAUUAUGAAGAUAAACAGAAAGAACAUUUGGAUACCUUAAAUAAAAAGAGAAGAGAACUGGACAUGAAGGAAAAGGAGUUACAGGAGAAAAUGUCACAAGCAAGACAGAUAUGCCCAGAACGGAUAGAAGUAAAGAAAUCUGCAUCAAUUCUAGACAAAGAAAUUAAUCGGUUAAGACAAAAAAUACAGGCAGAACAUGCUAGUCAUGGAGAUCGAGAAGAAAUAAUGAAGCAGUACCAGGAAGCAAGAGAAACAUAUCUUGAUCUGGAUAAUAAAGUAAGAACUUUAAGAAGGUUCAUUAAAUUACUAGAAGAAAUAAUGACUCAUAGGUACAAAACAUACCAACAGUUUAGAAGGUGUUUGACAUUGCGAUGCAAAUUAUACUUUGACAAUUUAUUAUCUCAGCGGGCUUAUUGUGGAAAAAUGAAUUUCGACCACAAAAAUGAAACUCUUAGCAUAUCAGUUCAGCCUGGAGAGGGAAAUAAAGCUUCCUUCAAUGACAUGCGUGCUUUGUCCGGCGGUGAGCGCUCUUUCUCCACAGUGUGCUUCAUCCUUUCCCUGUGGUCCAUUGCCGAAUCACCUUUCAGAUGCCUGGAUGAGUUUGAUGUCUACAUGGAUAUGGUUAACAGGAGAAUUGCGAUGGAUAUGAUACUAAAGAUGGCAGAUUCCCAGCGUUUUAGACAGUUUAUCCUGCUUACUCCUCAAAGCAUGAGCUCACUUCCUUCAAGUAAACUGAUUAGAAUUCUUCGAAUGUCUGAUCCUGAAAGAGGGCAGACCACAUUGCCUUUCCAACCUGUGACUCAAGAGGAAGAUGACAACACCAGUUGACAACUUAGUGCCUUGCCCUCCUGCUGAAAGAUUGUGAGGGGGUCUGGACUGACAGAUGAAACAGAAUGAGACUAGAGAGAUUCUGAAAUAGAAGAGGCUCCUUUAAUCUGAUCCAUCGAUUGUGGAAAGCCUAGAAAACCAGCCGCUGCCAAUAGAUAAAAUUACUACUGCUUUCCUUGUGAAAACCAAUUUCAUAAUACUGGUUUUAAAUCUUUUAAGUUUGCUUGCUUUGGAGUUUCUGUGUUUUACUUGUUUGUUUUUACCAUCUACUUUUAUAAAUUUUUUCAGGAGUAAAAUUUUGUACAUAUGCACAUGUACAUAUCUGUUCAGUUUGCGUUCAUUUCUAUAGUAUUUUGUAAGAAUUAUAAUAAAAGUUUGAGCACCUGAUGUUUAUUUUUGACUUUCCAGGUUGUUACGGUCUAGUUUUUAAAAUUAGCAAAUGUCUCAGUAUGGAAUAGAGGGAUGCAGUGCACAAGAUUGGAUAUACUGCACACUUGGUUUAAGUAUUAGAGACCUACAUAAGUCUGGAUAUACUAAGCAAAUCUUUGCUUGCCCAUUGAUUUUUAACACUAGGGUACAACUAUAGAUUUGGGGUAUUGUUUUUAAUCACUAUAUUUCAUCAAUUUUAAGUUGUCAAAAGUACCUUUUAUUAGGCACUUUGAUAAAUAAGUACUGCCAGCCCCAACAAUGCUUUCUCCUUUGUCCUUAAACUGUCUUCUACCCAAGGAAGAACAUGCCAGGGCUGUGUAAUAGAGUUCCCAUUUUGACUUGUAGCCUGUCUCCCUAGUAAGCCCUCUGUUUCUGGUGGUACUGCCACUGGUGGGGUGUGUGUGUGUGUGUAUGCAAGAGGAUCACCUAGGCUUGCCUGGGCUAUAGAGUAACUUCAGGUCCAGCCUGGGCAGCUUUACCUAUCUUAAAAUAAAAGUGAAAAUGAGGACUGGGAAGAUCGGGAGGUGCAUGCCUCUUGUCAGAGUAGCUAGUGGCUACAUGGGUCAAAGCCUGCGUUUGAUAGUGGAAUGACAUGAGACACUCUGAUUUUACAAAGACUGAAGAGUUCCCACACUGAUGAGUUUAUUGUAAAAAUUGCUAUUUUGAUUUUUCUUUAAGAAAACAUGAGCAUACUAGUGCCUGUGUUCUGUAACAGCUACUAAGGUUAGGACUAACCUUUAAACUAACAUUGAAUAGCAGCAAGAAGCACUCCCUAUAUUACCAGCAAUAAGAAUCAGAAUACAUAUUUAUGAACUUGAAAAGGAAAUAUUUUGAGAAAAGUACUAUUUUUAAAUGCAAGCAUACUUAUAUAGUUAUUGAAAAAUCUGAUUUUGUUUUGGUGGGGAAGAGAAUGUAUUCUUAGAAUAGUUGCCAAAAAUCCAAACGCAUUUCUAGUCUGAUACAGAAAGAGGAAACCGCUGAGUAUUUUAAACUCCCCACCUCCAUACGCAGCAUAACUCCUUUGUAUCAGAACUAUUUUAGCAUACAUACAUUUUUCUUUCAAAUAAAAAGUGAAGUGGAAUUUACCAGUACAUUAAUUAGCUAAAGAGUUUCAGUGAUUUGAAUUCUUGUAGCAGUUUUAAAUGUGUUUUUACAGAAUGAGAAGUACAACCCUCAGAUCUGAGCUAUUCCUACUGAAGGCAGUGCAUUAUGGGAAAUGCAACUCUCAGAUCUUGAGCUUCUCCCGCUGAAGACAGUGCAUUAUGGGAAAUGCAGCCCUCAGAGACUGAGCUGCUCCUGCUGAAGACAGUCAAAACGUUUUAUUUUUAAUCUUUAGUGAAGCCAUCCUGUGUUAGUAGUAACAUCCGUUGGAAAAUUUUAAAAGCUAUUGUUCUUUUAAACUAUGUGUAACUUCCAAAAAUGUAAAAUUUAUAUGUAUUAAGGUUAUGCUUUUGUGAACUGGACAAGGACUAAUUGACUAACUUGGGCCAAUUCUUGAACAGGUAUUUAUACAUGUCAUUCAGGUAGAUCUAAAAUCUCUAGACACCCCAAAACAGCUUUGAUUUUAAAACUUAACACAUUCAGUAUUCCUCCCAAGAAAUGAUCAGAAUAAUUCACAAAAUGACAAGAGUAGUCAGUUUAGCCAAAGUAUGUGUAUAGUUACUAAAAUUAAUAAACAACUUAUUUUAAAUAUUU